AUGAUUGAAUUUGCCCAAAUAACAAUAAAAAAAACUCCAAUGUUAAUUUCUACAGCGAUAAGUCAUUAUCGUGAGGGACCACCUCAACCUUCAUGGGAUUUAAAAUUUCAUUUAGUUUUUGCCUUCAUUAAAUCAAUGUUCAAUGAUUUCUGCGAACAAACAAUUGAGCAAGCACAAAAAUCCUCUUUCCGUCCCAUUCCUGUACUAAAUGGUUUAAUUAUAAAUGAGUCCAAGGUAGACAAUAAAUAUAGACAUGAAGCUCAAAUUCAUCUUGAGAGAAUUUUGAAACCCUAUGAACACGUCUUGGAUACCGAAUGGAAAGAUAUAAAAGAUGAUGGAAUCAUUGCUGAAUGGGUUCAGGUUCCUAAAGAUGGAUGGGAAAAAAGAGAAAUUAAGAAAACCAUUCUUUAUUUACACGGUGGGGCUUAUUAUCUAUGUAAUAAAACUUCCCAUCGCAAAAUUACUUGCACACUUGCUAAAGAUGCCAAUGCGAGAGUUUUUGUAAUUGAUUAUCGGCUUGCACCUCAAAAUCAAUUUCCCGCCGCAUUACAUGAUGCAUUAGCUGCUUAUUUAUAUCUCUUAAAUCCUCCAAAAGAUGCAGGAUUUGAACCUUUAAAUCCAAAAAAUAUCAUAAUUGCUGGGGAUAGUGCAGGAGGUGGUUUGAGCAUGGCGCUUGGACUUGCCAUACGUGAUGCUGGCCUGCCAUCAUGUGCCGGUAUCGUCGGAUGGAGUCCAUGGGUCGAUCUUACACUUAGCAUGCAAUCAGUUUUAAAUGAUGAAUGUGAGGAAACCGAUUAUAUUUCAAGCGUAGGUUUUCGACAUAAAACUUCUAAAGUCGAAAUUGAUUAUAAAAGAAAGGCUGCUGAACUCACGGCGAGAAUUAAGAAACAAAAUCUUGAACCAAAAAUUUGGCAUGAUUCUUUUGAUAGACCUGAAGGAAGAGUACUAAUGUAUGCUCCUAAUGAAGCCAUGGCAAUUCCAUACGUUAGUCCAAUGUUGGCCGAUAGUUUGUGCGAUUUGCCUCCCUUAUUUUUGGUAGUAGGAGGUGGUGAAAGGUUGCGAGAUGAAUCAAUAUACCUUGCUCAUAGAUGUGUUGAACCAACUAAAUACAAAGGUCCGCAUUAUAAUGCUGGUAAAUUUGAAAAAUCACCAUUUCAAACUCCAACAAAUACUACUUUAGAUUUGUAUGAAGAAAUGCCGCACGUAUUUCAGAUGUUUGAAUCCCACCCUAGUUCUAAAGUUUCGAUUAAACGUACAAUCGAAUUCAUCAAUAGAUUGACAGACACUAAUGAACUACUUCCUCCUUCAUCUUUCAAUCGCAUAAAUUGUAAAGGAGAAAUCAAUCCAUUAAAUGAAAAUGAUAAAGAAGUUCUUAAAUGGAAAAACAUUGGGAUUUUACCAAGUCCAGAACCUAUUGUAACCAAAGUUACUUCACGUAAAUUAACACCGGAAGUUUUAAUAUAUAUAUCAUUAUUAUUGGCUAUUGUCGCUUAUUUUGUCUGA